CAUUCAAGAGAAGCAGGAAAGAAGACGACAAUGGAACCCUCAUCGUCCAUAUUCGCAGAAAAGAGCUCUAGAUUUCCAGAAGACACCGUUUUCUACUCAAUCUUCCCAGACUUCUCUGUAAACUCCAACACAGUUACGCCUCAAAUUGCCGCCGCCGAUCUCUUCUCCCAGCUUCAAUCUCUUCAUCUUCAAAUCCUUCAAUCACUUUCCUCUCUUACCUCCGACUACUUAUGGCAGCACGAACCAUUCACUCUAUCACUUUCAUCUCCUUCCGCCUCAUGUUUCUGUUUCUCCUCGCUCGACAGCCGCCAUAACCGUCAAAUUCCUCAUCUACACGGCAAACUGCGGUAUGGAGACAACGUCGAAGAUGAAUGGUUUCUUGUUUAUAUUCUUUUCGAAAUCUCAAUUAGGUUUCCUCAUCUAUCUAUUCGUGUUUGGGAUACUGACGGUGAGUUUCUCCUAAUUGAGGCAGCUUUUCAUCUUCCUCGUUGGAUAAAUCCAGAGAAUAGCGUCAACCGUGUCUUUAUUCGAGCAGGCAAUAUGCAUAUCAUCAACAAAACUCAAUUCCCGUCUCCUCCAGCACUACACGAAUCUCUCGAUUAUUUGAUUAAAUGCGAAGAGAAAACGAUGGCUUCCGAGUCAGUUCAAUCGGCUAUAAAGAAGCGAAUUGACGGUUUCCCUGAUAGAGCUAGGAAAAACAUGCAUCAUGUUAGGGUUAGGGUUCCAAUAUCUGUUGCUCAAGUUCUCAAGCAGGAGCCAUGCUUGGUUUCUUUGGCAGUAGAGGGGUUUUAUGACAGAGACAUAGAUUCAAUGAAGUAUGCUGAGAAGAUGGAGAGAUUCUUUAGAAAUGGGGAAGACAUUAUUCAGGUUUCGGUGAAACUUUCCAGGGCAAUGUACGCACAGCUGGUUCAGCAGACGUUUCAGGCACCGAGGUGUUACUCAAUGCCUCCAAGAAGCAAUGCAGUGGAAUACAAAGAGGCGGAAUUGGGGAUGAAGCUUACUUGUGGAUUUGAGAUGAUCUAUCAGUUGCGAAGACGAGAUGGAGAUGAAGGGAAAGGCAGCACGUGGGAGGCGUUUAGGGCAAGUUUGGAAAAGAAUGGUUAUUUUCAGGGACUGUUACCAGGAUCACAAGGUUAUAAUCGGUUAAUGGCAAAAGCAGAAGAGUAUUACAGACAGAGUUCUCUGUUUUCUAAAGCUAGUGAAAUGAUGAGUGCCCCUGUGAGGCGUAUAGAUGAGAUUCUUUCUCUGGAUUAUUCAACAGAGGAUUUUAGAUGUAUGGAGCUUCCCCCUGAUGAUGAUGAUUCGUGGCUUUACGAUGGGGAAGAUGAGCUGAAUGCUGCACUUCUUGAACGAGAAAGGGAGAUGGAGAUUUAUAACACUAAAGGCAAAAUGAAACAAGAUUCAAAUGAGAAGAAGAAUUCCACUUCCUCGUCUAGAAAAGAUUCAGAGGAUCUUGGACUUUCAGGUAUGGCAAAAGCAAUGCAAACGUUCGUGAAGAAAGUAUCUAGCUAUGAAGGAGCUGAGGUUCCAGAUAACGGGAAUCCAGAAAUGAUUGACUUUGACGUUGAUCGUUUCAUGAAGGAGUUAGAAGCAGUAACUGGAAGCCAAAGUUUUGCUGACGAAGGAAGUGAUGAAGAUAUUGAAGAUGCUUCGACCUCAGACAUGGAUUUUGAUGAAUCAGAAGACGAGACUGAUGAAGACCCAUACGAUGGUAAUGAAGAGAAGGAGACCUUCAUGAGCUCCUAUUCGGACACUCUUAUCAAGGAAUUGAAGGCGACUACACUCGACAAAAGUUUUGUUCGUGCAAAAGAACAACAUUUUGUGCAAAACAUGGGAAAAUCGAAUGUUGGGGAGGAUAUGGAGGAAGAAGAGUUCACUCCAGUGGAUGUGGAUGUGAACCUUGUGAAAAACCUUCUGGAUUCAUUCUCUUCUCAACAAGGUCUUCCUGGACCUGCUUCCAAUUUGCUUGGUUUGAUGGGUCUGAAACUCCCUCAGGAUUCCAGGAAAGACAACUGAUUUCUCCUGUCUCGUUUGGAUUUUUAUUUUUGUCUGAGAAAAACUUGGGCUCGAUUAUUUAUUCUUGUAUCAAUACUUUUUAAAUUGUCAUGAUAUAUAUUAAUGUUAACCAUGCGUAAA